ACGACAGGAGAGAAACUCCAGGAAAACGUACGGAGCUCGCGCACGAUGUAACGGGAAAGGUUACAUUUUUGAGUUAAGAGGAAACUUUGCAUGGACAUGAGGAAUAUUUCGGGAUAACUUGUUAUUUCUAACAGAAAAGCCGGAUCUAUAAGGAAAUAUCCAGCAUUGUAUUCCUCUAUUUGAAGCGACAAGGUCUUUUUUAAACAGUUUUUGACCUUACUAAAACAUGACUGAAUGACAAUUUGACGAAUGAAAAUGCGAAUUGAGCACACAGCUGUCCACUGAGGAGAGGAGGUGCUCAGAGAAGCCCGCCAAUGCUUACCUUUUGUCGGCACUUCAAAGCAAGUUAUUAAAACGUUUUUUUUUUUCGCGAGCUUCAAUUAGAAAAUAAGGUAACAACAUGGCAGAGCACGAGAGCCUGGAGUUUGGAAAAGCAGAUUUUGUGCUUUUGGACAACGUGUCUCUGGAAGAAUUCAUGACUAACUUAAAACUCAGGUUUGAGAAGGGGAGGAUCUACACCUACAUCGGGGAGGUGGUGGUGUCCGUCAACCCUUACCGUGCCAUGAACAUCUACGGCCGCGACAUGGUGGAGCAGUAUAAGGGCCGCGAGCUGUACGAGAGGCCCCCCCACCUGUUCGCCAUCGCUGACGCUGCUUACAAGGCCAUGAAGAGGAGGAACAAAGACACUUGUAUUGUCAUCUCAGGGGAAAGUGGAGCCGGAAAGACAGAAGCCAGCAAGUACAUAAUGCAAUACAUUGCUGCUAUCACCAAUCCCAAUCAGAGGGCUGAAGUUGAAAGGGUGAAAAACAUGCUGCUUAAAUCCAACUGUGUCUUGGAGGCCUUCGGGAACGCCAAGACCAGCCGCAACGACAACUCCAGCCGCUUCGGCAAAUACAUGGACAUCAACUUCGACUUCAAGGGAGACCCCAUCGGAGGCCACAUCAACAACUACCUUCUGGAAAAGUCCAGGGUCAUUUUCCAACAGGAAGGAGAGAGGAGCUUUCAUUCAUUCUACCAGCUGCUCAAAGGAGCUCCAGAUUCCCUGUUACGUUCUAUUCACAUCAAAAAGGACGCGACAGCCUACAACUACAUCAAAGUUGGAGGCCAAAUCAAGUCUUCUAUCAAUGAUGGCGCUGAUUUCAAAGCUGUGGCUGAUGCCAUGAAAGUGAUCGGUUUCACAGGGGAUGAGAUUCAGACUGUUUACAAGAUCCUGGCCACCAUCCUACAUCUGGGCAACCUGACAUUCGGGGUGGACGGAGAUGUGACUUUGAUAGAGAACACAAAGCUGGUGGCUGUGUUUAGCGACCUGCUGUCCACCAAAGAAGAAAAUGUGGAGAAGGCCAUGCUCUACCGUACCGUGGCCACGGGCCGGGACGUUAUUGAGAAGCAGCACACGAUGCAGGAGGCCAGCUACGGACGGGACGCUUUAGCCAAGGCCAUGUACGAGCGACUGUUCUGCUGGAUAGUGGGACGAAUCAAUGACAUCAUCGAGGUGAAAAACUACGACGCCAGAGUCCACGGGAAGAACACCGUCAUCGGGGUGCUGGACAUCUACGGGUUUGAGAUUUUCCAGAACAACAGCUUUGAACAGUUCUGCAUCAACUACUGUAAUGAAAAGCUGCAGCAACUGUUCAUCCAGCUGGUGCUAAAGCAGGAACAGGAAGAGUAUCAACGAGAAGGCAUCCCAUGGAAACAUAUUGAUUACUUCAAUAAUCAGAUCAUAGUGGACUUGGUGGAGCAGCAGCAUAAGGGCAUCUUCUCUGUGCUGGACGAGGCCUGUAUGAAUGUGGGCAAAGUCACAGACGAGGUUUUCCUCCAGGGACUCAACGGCAAGCUGGCCAAACACGCCCACUACACCAGCCGCAAGCUUUCACCCACGGACAAGAGUCUGGAGUUUGACCGCGACUUCCGCAUCCGCCACUACGCAGGAGAUGUGGUGUACUCAGUGGUGGGUUUCAUUGAUAAGAACAAAGACACUCUGUUCCAGGAUUUCAAGAGGCUGCUGUACAACAGUUCUAACCCAGUACUGAAGGGCAUGUGGCCUGAAGGCAAACUGAGAAUCAAUGAGGUCACCAAACGGCCACUAACUGCUGCAACGCUCUUCAAAAACUCCAUGAUCAUGUUGGUGGAGAACCUGGCCUGCAAGGAACCCUACUAUGUGCGCUGCAUCAAGCCCAACGAGGUGAAGUCGCCUCUCCUGUUCGAGCAGGAGCGCUGCCGCCACCAGGUGGAGUACCUCGGGCUGCUGGAGAACGUCAGAGUGCGGCGUGCCGGCUUCGCCUACAGACAGACCUACCCUCGCUUCCUACAGAGAUACAAGAUGAUCUCAGAGUUUACGUGGCCAAACCAUGACUUGCCCUCCGACAAAGAGGCCGUGAAGAAGCUCAUGCAGGGGUGUGGAUUCGACCACGACGCGGCCUACGGCAAAACCAAGGUCUUCAUCCGCACUCCACGUACGCUCUUCAGCCUGGAGGAGCAGCGGGUGGAAAUGGUCCAGAGGAUCGUCCUCUUCCUCCAGAAGGUGUGGAGGGGCACCAUAGCCAGAAUGCGGUACCGGCGAAUGAGAGCGGCCCUCGUCAUCCUGCGGGCGUACCGACGCUACAAGGUGAAGUCGUACAUCCGCGAGGUCAACCGCCGCUUCAAAAAUGUCCGAUCCAUGAAGGAUCAUGGCAGGCACGUGAAGUGGCCAACGCCCCCCAAAGUCCUGCGCAAGUUUGAAGAGGCCCUUAGGAGCAUCUAUAACAGGUGGUGGGCAUGGACCCUGAUCAAAGGCCUCUCUCCAGAAGAGACCCUGCAGGUGAGGGCUAAGGUAGCCAGUCUGGAGGCCCUGAAGGGACACAGGGCCGACCUGGGGCUACAGAGAGCCUGGGAAGGAAACUACCUGAAGCGAGACAGCCCUGACAUCGCCUCAUCCUUCACACUGGUUUCAAGCGAGCUGCAGCGGAAAGACAAAUUCAUGAGAGUGUUGUUCUCCUGCAACGUGCGCAAGAUCAACCGUUUCCACAAGGCGGAGGACCGAGCUGUGCUCCUCACUGACCGCCACCUGUACAAGAUGGACCCCCUGAAGCAGUACAAGCCCAUGAAGAGCAUCCCCCUCUACAACGUGACCGGGGUGAGCGUGUCCCCGGGGAAGGACCAGCUGGUGGUGUUCCACACUAAGGACAGCAGGGACCUGGUGGUGUGCCUGCAGGGCAUGGUGCCCGCCAAUGAGAGCCGCAUCGGGGAGCUGGUUGGCACCCUACUUAGCCACUUCAAGAGUGAGAAGAGGAAGCUGCAGGUGAACAUCACGAGUCCCAUCCAGUGCAGCAUGAACGGGAGGAAGUGCACGGUCAUCGUCGAGCCCAAGAUCAACCAAUCACAGCCAGACUUCACCAAGAGCAGAUCGGGUUACAUCCUGGCUGUUCCUGGCAACUAAAACAAAUGGGCCAAAUGAAAACCGUGACAGCUGAUUUCAGAAGCAGGCCGGGAUGAUGAUGAUGAUGAUGAUGAUGAUGAUGAUGAUGAUGAUGAUGAUGAUGAUGAUGAUGAUGAUGAUGAUUCAGCUCUGAUUCACUUCUUUUGUGUCACCAGCAUCUGAUUGUGUGAUGAUUUAGAUAGCUCUGUAGGAGGGUUGUGGUAAUUAAAUCCUCCGUAUGCAAAGCCAUGCCAAAUUUGACCUGUUUCGUAGACUUCUAUGCAAUGUUACUAUGAACAGGAAGUGUGCUUUACGCCUACAUACAAGAUACACAGGUUUUUAUAAAAUGCACUACAGGAUAAUCCACCAAAGUGGUGUUCUUUCUUUUUGAAAAUCCAAAUUUCAUAUGAUUUGCUUUGUGCAAUAUUUACUUUAUCGUAGUAGUUAAGAUGAGAGGAGAUUAGUGGGGGGGAAAUAGAAAAAGGCUCUACAGGAAUUUAUACUUGGGGCAGCUCCCUGGGUAGUACAAAUCUAAACCGGCAGUAAGAUGAUAUUUAUGUAUGACUGAUUCUUCAUGAACUUGAUUGAUUAUAUGCUCUAAAGUAGAAGAAAACCCCCUUUUUGUGGUAUGUAUUCUAGGGAAUAUUAAUGAAGACUUACCUACCUACCUGGUAAAUGAAAGGAAAUGCAGCGUCCACUUUGAGUUAUGAAAUGUUUACAAUCACGUGAGAACAGCGACGUGUGAUUCAGUGGUUCAGUCCGUGUCUGAGGCACCGACUCUAAACUCAUCGUAGACGCUGACCAGGAUGUGUUGAGCAUGUCCUGAUCAACCUGCUAUGCAAAGUGUUACACAUCUAUUAAUUUAAAUCCUGCUUUGUAUACUCUCUAAUGCAAUAUGUACUUUUAUAAUCCUCUAAUACUGCUUAUAUAUUAAAGAUAGAAUAUACCUUUUGUGACGGCACUUAAACUGCAUUAAUAGAUACUAGAUAUCCAAAGCAUUAUAUUUUCCAAAGUAUAUUCAAUUCCUAGACUUAAGUUUAGUAACAGAGUGUUGCUGGCCAGUACUGUAUAAUCCCACGUGAACUCCAGCCCCUGAACGUAGUCUCAUUGUCUGUCUUUGUGGUGGGUGAAUAGCCUAAUGAACUGUAAUGUUCCUUAAUCCUGUGGAAUAGACACAUCUCCCACUCAUCAGACUGUGUGUGUGUGUGUGUGUGUGUGUGUGUGUGUGUGUGUGUGUGUGUGUGUGUGUGUGUGUG